CAGUGAAAAUGGAGGACAGAUGGGGCCUGGUCACCCUGCGGAGACAAACCACACUCUGUUGCUGCCAGGAUACCUGGAGCAGGGACACUCAGAAUGAACUGCUCUGUGCUUGGCUCAUUGAUUCUGGAGACCAGGAAGUUCAACGACUGUGGUGAGAGCUUCUGGUGAGGGCUUUCUGGUCUCAUAACCCAGUGGUAGAAGAUGGAAGAGCAAGUGAAGGUUUGCUCAGGGCGUGGCAGUUGUGGAUAAAGGGCUGCCCAGGCUUGGCAGUCCGCUUUCUGCUUUCUCCCGGAACCGCCUCUCAGCCUGUUGAGCUACUCAGAUCAACGCUGUGUCAUGCAAGAGGUCGUUCUGAGCCUGCUGGUCCUCCUAGCAGGCCUUCCUGCUCUGGAUGCCAAUGACCCUGAGGAUAAAAAUAGUCCUUUCUACUAUGAUUGGUAUCGACUCAGAGUGGGCGGGCUCAUCUGUGCAGGGAUUCUCUGUGCUGUGGGCAUCAUAGUCCUUAUGAGUGGCAAGUGCAAGUGCAAGUUCAGACAGAAGCCCAGUCACCGCCCAGGGGAUGGGCCGCCUCUCAUCACACCAGGCUCUGCUCACAACUGCUGAAGAUGGACCAGCUGAUGAGCACAGAGUGCCUCUGAGCCCAGGUCCUGGCUUUGGAGGUGGCCUGAACUCUAAGACGACCGUCCCAUCCUCUCCUGGCACUGCCUUAUCUGGGCCUCAUCCUUACCUCUCUUAUGGGAGCAGGCUUGUUGUUCAGUUUUGAAUCUAAAAUAAUUUUACGUCGUGCUCAUGUGAGCUAGA